UUCGGGAGCGAGUACCGCUUGCACCGGGACUUAACAGAGAGGACAAUCAGAGAGAAAGAGAGUCCAACAGCUACAGGAGGAGGAGGAGAGAGGGAGGUGGUUAAUUUUUAAGAUGCACUCAGAGUUGCAAGCAAACCUGCUCAUACUGUUCACAUAACGGUCGAUUAACGUAGGACCAUCGUCUAUGCACGAUUUUCUGGCGUGUUUAAAAUAAAAAAUAUUGUUUAUCUACAUCGUUUAUCUACAUGUUCAUCCCUUUAGCGACGUCCAGGCACUGGAUGAUAAGUCAGUAAACCUCAAUCCCCACAAACCACCCCACAAACUGACCCUCAGCCACAGACGCUCCGGACACACAGACCCCCGUCCCUACUCAGCGUCCUCCGCUGCUCGUCUGCGUCUGUGUCUCCGUCUGGGCCGAUGGCGUCGUGGUUUGGCUGGGGGGGCAGCGAGCCGCAGUACCGGAGCCCCCGGCGGGAGCCCUCGGAGGUGGUGACGGACACGCUGAUGCUGGAGCUCAGCUGGCAGCUGAAGGAGGCCGAGAGGUUGCAGCGCGAGCGUGACAGCGAGUACCGGCGCCUGAAGACUGGUGUGGACUACAGCUGGCUGGUCAGCACACCCCGCAGCAGCUUCGACAUCAGCCCCGGCGAGCGCCACGCCCUCGAGGAACUGUGCGCCAAGGUGCCGCCGGCGCACUGUGGCGCCGUCAUACUCCGGUUCCGCCAGGUUCUGGAGGAGAACGAGCCGGAGGUGCUGGAGGUGCCAGGCCUGUUCCGUUCGGUGUUGCUGGAGUCGCUGGAGCGCGUGCGUGAGGAGGAGGAGGCGCAGCGUCUCUCCCAGCAGUGGAACAGCCGCCAGCGCGCUGUCAGCAUGUCCCUGCUCAGCUUCCGCAGCCGUGUCCGCAUCAACCCGUUCGGCAGCAGCGCGCACCUCACCUCCACGGCCAACGGGGGCCCUGGCGACGCCUACGAGCCCGAGGUCAAGACUGUGUCCGAGGACGUGGAGAGGGGGCUCGGGGCCGUGCCGGGGAUGAGGGCUGGAGGAACUGGACGAGCCCCCCGUGUGUGCAGCAUGCCUGACUUCAGGCACCAGGGCAUAAAUGGCCAUGUUGGGUGAUGGGAGUAAUAUGGUGAAGAGAGAGAGAGAGAGAGAGUGAGAGAGAAUGAGUGGAGGAUGCAAAUUGCAAAUGACUGAGUUUAUAAAAUGGAAAAUGAGUGAGAGAAAAGUAUGAAACUGUCAUCAUGACAGUAUGUACAGAAAGGUAUGGAAGUACUGGAGUGUUUUGUCAGAAAUGUCCUUUCCUGGUUCUGGUUUGUGGGUGGAGAGAGCAAUAAGGACUUUUAGUACCUCACCCCUUUUUUUUUAUUUCGGUGGCAGUAUCACAACCAACAAUCCAAUACAUAAGCCUAACCCUAGCCAUUAACACAUCUACUAAUAAUUACGUUGAAGAGCUUAUAAGAGAUUAUAAGGUAAUUACAGGUUUUUUUGACAGUAUAAACUCAGUGAGCAGGAAUGAAAAUAUGUCAAUAUUACAUUGGAUUGUGUAACCACAUAGUGGGUGUAGGAUGUGAAUCUAGGUCUUCAGCUGCAAAGUUGCUGAAGUCAAGAUUGUGUCAUUGACCACAGUAAGUCAGGCCAAUUCAUCAACCAGCGUUACUCACAGAACUGUGCAAUUUGUAAAGGCCAGGAGACAGGCAAUUUACUCUGCAGUUAGACCUUCACAACCAGAGAUUCAGUCUCCACAUAAUAAUUUUCAGGUCUUACGUAAAUGUUUUCUUGUCAGAAUGUUUCUGUAGCUCAACUGGUUCCAAGGUGCUAUCUACUUCAAGGUCAUCUCAUUCAAGGGUGCAUGCAUGCAUAAUGAAGAAUUAUUCAAUGGUAACACUUCAGAUAAAAGCAUGUACUGAAUAGCAUCAGUUCAAUGAAAUGUUGGGAUUUAUAAAGGCUGCUUAUUGUUUCAGACUUGAGGAAACCUUCUAAUUUGUACAAAAUGUUGCCUACAUGCUUGCAGUAUGUAACAAUAGAAUGCUGUGCUUCUUCUUGUCAUACAUUUGUGUUUGCCUUUCCGGCACUAACGUGUGAGAUUUGGAGUGUCUGGGAACUAAUCUGUUCUUAAUCAUUCCCACUCCUCUCAGAAGUGCUUGGAGAGCAAUUUAAUAUGUCCUCUGGAGAUAUUGGUUUCUUUCAAUUUUACAGGAGUUUUUUUUUUCCAGAAAGUAAACAUUUGAAAAUAAAUUGACAAUUUGUUCAAGCCAUGCUUUGUCCUCAGAACAAUAUAACAUUGUUCCUAAUUCUAAAGAUAUUGAAAUUGUAGACUGAAACUGUGUUCCUGGGACUUCAUGCUGCAGAGGUCUGCGUUAUCAGUAAUAACACACACCAUGUACUGUAAAUUAAUAAAAUAAUUGUACACA